AUGGAGACCGUAGUGGUUGGUGAGUUAUUCGAAAGCAAGAAGUUCAGUACUAGUUUAUUUGAGGUGUCGCCUUCUGAUGGUCAAGAAAAGGAGCCUGCUCCUAAUUUUUUAGCAUUUUGUAAGGGUCAAGGAACUCCAAAGUCCUUUAUUGAAGAUUUAGAAUUGUCAAUUGCAAAAGAACUAACAGAUACAUGGUCUGCACGUAUUGAUCUUAGUCCAGCUGAAGAUAUCUGGGGUGAUGAUGAAGAUGAUGAUAGUUCAGUAGACGAAGAACUCUUGAAUGAGUAUCUUGCAAGAUUAGAUGCAAAGGAUCAAACCAAAAAAGAAGAAGUGAUGGUGGAUCUCAUUUUAAAAGAUGUGAAGAAUUAUCAUGUCUUAACCACAUCAGAAAAACGAGAUUGGAUAGCUUUACAGUUCAUAUCGAGAUGCUAGUGAGUAUUCUUUUUUUCUACUGUCGGUUGUGUUUCUCUUAUCUAAUUUUUCUUAUAU